AUGGAGAGACAGCAACGGGCAUACGCGAAGAAGUUCCAGCUGGAGUACCCCGAGCAGCUGGAUGGAUUUGAUCUUCGCCUCCUUUUCCAUACGCCGUUCUUCAACCUGAUGCCGAAAAGGAACAUCCACAUUGACAUGGUUCAACUGGAGAGGGAAAGGCAGAAAUUCUCAGUGGACAUGCAAAAUGAAAAAAAUAUAAAAAGUAAAGAGAAGGUGCAGAUACUAAGUACGUACUAUACGGACACGGAACAGUUGGUUUACUCCUCACUGGCUUCAUUUAUUGAGUUAAAAAAAUAUUCCUUUGAGGGGUAUGUUAUGUCCACCUUUGCUAUUAAAGUAAACCCCUCUUAUUACUCUGCGUGGGUGUAUAGGAGGAAGUGCCUGCGCAAACUGAAUUUGAACUUGCGAAAUGAAUUGCUCUUUACAAGGUGUGCCAUAGGCGACAAUGUAAAGAGUUUCCAGAGUUGGUUUCACCGGAGGUGGCUGGUCGAGUAUAUUUUCAAACUGGUAAGGGGAGGUAAGCGUCCAGGGGGGCAGGCGGAGAGGGGAAAUCAGGAGAAGCGCAUCGGUAGCGGCUCCGUGGGUGCAGCACAUCGCAGAGGGGAGUGCAACUUGGGGGGGUACAAAAUCGACUGGAACACUUACGACUUGGACGACGAGAGAAACUUCAUCAGCAGCGAUGGGAGCGAUGACACCUAUGGCAGCAGUAUCCGCGAUAGUCGUGGCAGUCCUGGCUCCCCUGCAGAAGAGAGCCACCAUGAGGAACACGCCUUUUUAAGCAACUGCGAAGAGACAGACUUUGAGGCGGAAAAAGAUGUCGUCAUUAUUCGCGAGGAUUUGCAAGAACUCGUCGAAAGUUGCGAAUUUUUCAAAAACGCGUUGAGGCCAAACGGGGAGCGGAUAAACAUAGACGAAUUUUUAUACGAAGAAAUCCUUUACAGUAACUGCGACAUAUUUCUGGACGCAAAGAAUUACAACUCCUGGGCACACAAAACAUGGCUAAUUGAUAAAUUAGGCAUUUUUAACAAUAAAUAUUUACGUGAACAGUGUAAUAUCAUAUCGCAUGAAUUUAACUUUGUCAAUUAUUUCUUAAAACAUGACAUUUACAACAAUUCUGUGUGGGUGUACAGAUAUUUUAUAUUCACCAAAUUGAAAUACACACAUAGGUUACAAAAAAUGGAGAGGGAAAUUAAAUUCUGCUUAAAUUAUGCGAAGCAGCUCCCCCACAACGAGGCCAUUUUCAAGUACCUCUCUCGCGUCAUUUUCAUGUAUAGCCAUCUGUACAAAAAAAAGAAAAAUAAUGUGGCGGACAUUUUCGAAAUUCCGCUACUCCUUAAUUUGAAAGAAGAGCUGACAAAAUUGACGGAGGAAUCGAAAUAUGUCUUGAUUUUCCUCUCGGAGCUUUACUCCUUCAAUGGGCAGCGCGUCCAGGAAGUGCAGGGACGAGUACGAACGAAAACCAUCAAAAGGGCCGCCAGGCAAAUUGUCGAAAAGUACUAUGCCAAGCUAACCCUGGACUUUCAAAUAAACAAGAAGAUAACAGAGGAAGUUGCUAUCAUUCCCUCGAAGCGAAUGAAAAAUAAAGUUGCCGGAUUUGUUACGCACCUGAUGAAGAGGAUCCAGAAGGGACCAGUCAGAGGUAUCAGUUUGAAGCUCCAAGAAGAGGAGAGAGAAAGACGCUUAGACUUCGUUCCAGAGAAGUCGCAAAUAGAUGUCAACGUCAUUUAUGUCGAGCCGGACACGGUGCGUAUGAUUAAGGCCCUGGGAAUAAACAUCAGCAACAUGAAGGUGCACAACCCGAUGAUCAACUCGAACCAGCAGAAGCAGAACAGGAUGAACACACAUUAUUAG